AUGUUAACACCACUUGGCACUAAAAAAAAUAAUAGUAAAACUUCAACAGAUUAUUAUGAUACACAACAACAUUAUUGUCCAAUAUCAAUUAAUAAUGAUUCAAAUAAUCUUCAACAUUAUCGUACAUCGAUUUAUGAAACAAAUCAUUACUAUACACUUUCACCAAGAUAUUCACAUCAACAAAUUAAUAAUCAUAUUAAUGAAGAAGAUUCAAAUAAUCAAGUUUCAUCUACAGUUUAUAUACCAACUGAUCAUCAUCAACAUUAUUCAUCUGAAGGUCAUGUUAAUGAAAUGUUAUAUUCACAAAAAUCAUCACAUCAACAAAUAACAACACCAGUGUAUGAUUAUAAUUUAUCAUCAAUUCCACCUCAUCCAUCAAAUACAAUAUUUCAUCAAAAUUCAAAUUAUGUUCAAUCAUCUGUUGAACAAACAAAUUGUAGUACAAGCAAUAGUAUGGAUUAUCUAAUACCUUGUUUACCAUCAGAUGGAACUUGUCGAUCCGAUUCUAUUGUUGUUGAAUUAAUCAAUCGACCAUUAUGGUUGAAAUUUGCUGAACAUACACUUGAAAAUAUUGUCACAAAAACUGGUCGUCGUAUGUUUCCAACUCUUGAAUUUAAAGUCUAUGGAUUAAAACCUGAAGCAACAUAUGAUAUGUAUGUUGAUAUAGUUUUAGUAGAUGAUAAUCAUUGGAAAUUUAAUUCUGGUAAAUGGAUACCAUCUGGACAAGCUGAACAAUGUCAAAAAACAAAUCAUUGUUAUUUACAUCCUGAUUCACCAAAUAGUGGAAUUCAUUGGAUGAAACAUGAGAAAAUCUCAUUUUCUAAAUUAAAAUUAACAAAUAAUAAACAAUUAUCAAUAAAUCAUUCACAAAAUCAAAUGACAAUUAUUCUUAAUUCAAUGCAUAAAUAUAUGCCACGUUUGAAUAUUAUUGAAGUCAAUGUUCAAUCAACUGAUCCAAUAUUAUCAUCAAAUAAAAAUAGUUCAUCAAUAAAACAUACAUUUACAUUUCCUGAAACGCAAUUUAUUGCUGUAACAGCUUAUCAAAAUACUGAUAUUACUCAAUUAAAAAUUGAUUAUAAUCCAUUUGCAAAAGGCUUUCGGGAUAGUUCUGAUAAUCGAAAUAAUUAUAAUGCAUAUUCAUAUAGUUCUCCAUCACCAUCAUAUGGUAAUGAAAGUAAUCUAGCAGUUGAUUAUUAUGGAAAUAUUUAUGAAAAUCAACAAUCUUACAAAAAGAAACGAUACAAUUAA